AUGGGUUGCUGUGGCUGUGGUGGUUGUGGCGGCUGCGGUGGUGGCGGCUGCGGUUGUGGCUGUGGUGGCUGUGGCUGUGGUGGCCGCUGCUGUGGCUGUUGUGGCUGCUGUCGUGGCUGUUGCGCCUGCUGCUCCCCGAGGAUCUACUGCUGCCGCCGCACCUGCUGCAACUCCUGCGGCUGCGGCUCUUGUGGCUGUGGUUGUGGCAAGUGCUGUGGUUGUGGCAAGUGCUGCUGCCAGCAAAAGUGCUGCUGCCAGAAGCAAUGCUGCUGCUAGGUGCUUGCUCAGCUGAUCCUCUAGGCUGAGAAAUGCUGGAGGCUUUGAUAGCCUCAUUUGGUGACCUUUUUCUUUUGUUCCCUUCUGCCAGCUAUCCUGUCAGUUUCUUGCCUAUCUGUGGAGAGCCACCAGAUCUGCUCUUGCUGUGCCUUGUACGCUGAAGUUCCAGGCUGUUUCUUCUCAUGUGUUGCAAUAUCAUUAUGACUUCCUUUAACCCCUUUUCCUGUAUUGUCUAAGACUUAGUAUCCUGGAUACAUAUCUAGAUAUAUUCCAUCUA